AUGGCCCGACACCACCAACAUCAUCGCCAUCACGGGCACCCACUAUUCAGCGAAAACACACCGCCUGCACUCAAUGUUCAGCCAGUACACCUGAGGCAGAUCAUUGACAACCCACUGGCGCAGGCGAAAUCUUUGUUCAUACGCACACCACCGGGUGUCUCUGGCAGUCCCUCAGACAGCUCCGACAGCUCAACUUCCGACGGCAGCAGCAGCAGCAGUAGUAGUGACACCAGCAGCAGCGACACCAGUGGCAGCAGUAGCAGUGACACCAGCAGCAGCAGCACCUCAAGUUCAAAGGGUCACCAAGGAGUCAACAUUUCAAUACCUGUCGCUCUCGGAGUCAUGCAUGUGAGGAAACUGCGUCAAGAAGAUGCCAACGAUCCUCACAAGUCGCUGGAUUUUGGAUGGGACCCGGCUGCUAAUACCGGAACCAAGAAGCGUGGUAAAAGUCAAAAGAGAGGCAAGUCUGGUGCGGAUGUCGAUGGGCUCGCUUUAGAGAAAGGUGCGCGAAAGGACAGAGGCUUAUCAAUGGAUAUGGAUGUUGGUAGCCCGUAUCUGAUGCCACCUGGGCUUCAUGGGUCUCGCGAGUCUUUGCAUUCGAUGUCACGAACGAUACACAGCCAAGACGAUCGAUAUCGCCCCGCAACCACAUAUGUCCCGGGCGACAACGCUUCACUUCACUCGCAGAAAACCAGGCGUGCCGCCGAUGACUCUUCAAGCCAAGCUGGCUCGAGUUCUCUGCAUCGUGCCGGUCGAGAUGACAUGAAGCAGGAUCUGCUUGGCAAUGCUCAGCGCAUGUCAAGAUCAGUGCCACCUAUGAACCGCGUGCCUGUACCAGAGAUCAAGACACCCGAUGCUGCGCAAGAAAUGCCUCGGAAGCCACUAGCUACAAAUCCCACAAUUCCUCCAACUGGCGGAUUAGCGCCGACCGCCGGCUUUGCAGACAGCAGAGACUCUUACCAGCCAAACGAGCAUUUACGGAAAAGCAAUAAUUAUCUGGGUGCCUUCAUUCAUAGCCGAGACCCUUCGGCAGACGUGAAGAGUCCCGAGACGGAAAAGAGUGAAUACCUGACCCCAAGGGAGACACCUGCUACCCCGACUUCGACCUUUCUUGAUACCCGAAAAUCGCCGCCACCAGCCACGAACACGUCCUCCAACUCUACAAGACCAUCUAGACAUCAAUCCCUGCAAUCCUCGCAUCAUGCAUCCAUAGAACAAAACUCUCACGAGAGUUCUAGUGAUUACGGAGAUACAUUCAAGAUUACGCCGGCAUCACCUCACUUAUCUCACCAGGAUCAGCAUCCGAACAAUCGCGGGUCAAGUCAGGAGUAUAUGCCACCUAUCGACGAAUAUUCGUUGGGUGUCGAUGAAAAUGACUUUGGCUAUGAUGUUCGGAGACUGUCUGUGGGAGUUCGUCCGCUGCCCCCAGAAGAUCCCACCGACAAUCCAGAACAGCGGGCCAAUAGGAUCAGGUCUUUUUACAAAGAAUACUUUGACGAUUCGAAGCCAGCGCCUACAGGUGCUGAGUACUACGAAGACUAUGACGAGAAUUAUCUCGGUGACGGUGCGAUCUUCGAUCCAUCAUCUGGACAGUAUGUCACUGCCCAUUCAAUGCCGUAUGCCGAACCUUAUGGUCGACGUGCAAUGACUCCACCCCCUAGAGUCGGCGGUCGUCGUCAUGCCGCCACCAUACAUCUGCUCCGCAAAUCUGGCACAUUUACCGCUCUAGAUUUUGCUCCUCCUCCUCGAUUCAAAAAUUCUGAUACAGCUUCUGAUGCUGGCUCAAUACGUAGCAAUAGGAGCGCAAUGUCAGCUAGAACACAACACGCUGUCCGCACUGGGGCAUAUCGAGUCAGCCGCAUACCAAAGGAAGUCGUCGGUACCAGAGGCGACCUCAUGGACAGCCUGAAGCCACAAUGGAACAUGCACAACAACACUGGCACUAUUGGCAUGACUGUCAAAUAG